AAUGCCGUGGAGCAAGACUAUCGACUGCCCCCACCCAUGGACUGCCCCACAGCACUGCACCAACUCAUGUUGGACUGCUGGGUGAAAGAGAGAAACCUGCGACCCAAAUUCACCCAGAUUGUGGCCACACUGGAUAAGCUUAUCCGCAAUGCUGCCAGCCUCAAGGUGGUCACCAACAGCACACAGUCCACUGGGGUAUCCCAGCCCUUGCUUGAUCGCUGUGUGCCUGACUAUACCACUUUCACUACUGUGGGGGACUGGCUGGACGCCAUCAAGAUGAGCCGCUACCGUGACAACUUUGUCAACGCUGGAUUUGCGUCCUUUGACCUGGUGGCACAGAUGACAGCCGAGGACUUGCUGCGGAUAGGGGUUACGUUGGCUGGCCAUCAGAAGAAGAUACUUGGUAGCAUUCAGGACAUGAGACUACAGAUGAACCAAACACUUCCUGUCCAGGUGUGAGCGACAGGACAACAGACCGAUGCAGUCGAAGGACAGCCAGACAGGAAAAAAGGGGGGAGGAACUGUGCCAGAGAGAGCCAUUGGAAAACCCUAGCUGCCUGACCCAUCUCUGCCAAUUAGAUGCUAUGAAACUGGCUUGCAGUGCCUCUGACUAUUUUUUCUUUAUUUCACUACCACUUCCAUUUCCUGUUCCUGCUUUUUUUGUUAUUCGUCAUUGUUUCUUUUUCCAUCCAAUCAGAAUUUGUGUGUUUUUGAAAGAGGAAGAACCCCCUUAUAUCCCAUGCGUGCCUCACCAGCUCUGGUGUGGGUUGACGUUUGCAUGCAUGUGUGUUUUAGUGAGGUUGGCCUUAGCCCUGUAACUGAAAUGUCACACUCUGAUCCUCACGCAAGAGCCCCUCCCUGUGACCUCUCGACCCAGCUUUGAUGGACGUAACACAUAGUAAAGAAUAAAAAAAGUGAAAAAAUGUUCACACAAACGAGUGGAACAAGACACAGAAGUGUUUCAGAAACGCAGGAGAUCGAAGACUGUUCUUUCUCUGAUAGAGGUUGUUUUACUGUGCACGUGUGUGUCGUUCUCCAUCUUCAUAUUGAAGGUGUUAUCUAAAAGGGCACUUGCUGGAGAAGGGCGAGGUGGUGGAAGAGGAUUUAUGAUGGGCUGAGGUCAAAGGUCAAGAGGAUGACAGAGGUCAAAAAGGUCAAAGGAAGGCAGCCACAUUUUUGGACACUUGUUUUGGCUGCUGAAUCCUCAAAGGUCACAAGAUGACCUCCCUACUCUGACCUGAAGUGACUCAGGAUAGCUCCACAGCUUGGAAUCACCUGCUCAUCAACUGUGUUUUUACACACACAAAAAAAGGUUUUGUUUUUGUUUGUCCACACGCAUUUUUUCUUCUUUGUUUUUUGGCUUUCUUACACAUUUUUUGGGAGAUGUGUGGUUUCAAAGUGGCCGGUCAAACCCAAGUACCCCCCCUUGCUGGACGCUUUAUGUGAUGAAGGGGAGACGAGGACUGUGGCAACACUAUAGAAAGACCACUUGGCCUUCUGUGUGGGUUUUUGUAUGUGUGCGUGCGCAUGUGUGCGUGUAUGUGUGAUUAAGUGUGCUUGGAUGUGCGGGUGUGUCAAGUUGCACACGAGUAUACUGUACAAUACAGCUUCUGCUAUUUGCCCACCGUGGAGAAUUAACGCAUGAACUGAACCGUGACAUGGAGCAAAUAUAUCUGAAACAAUUACGCUAUAUUCUGUGGACAACUGUUAAACAUUCUUUUUUAUUGAAUCCAAAAAAAUGAACUUAGGACAUACAUAUAUAUAUAUAUGAAAUUAUAUAUAUAUGCACCAUGCAGAAACUGAGAGAAACCACGAUGGACACCUUACUUUCUACUUACUAUUAUCUGGAUUUAGAAAUAAUCAAAAUUCUUGUUUUAAUUUCUUGACAUCCUGCCCUAUGUAUUUAUUUGUACCUCGCCCUCCACCCAACCCCAACCCCCACCAACACCCAGAUGGACUGUAUUUGGGACAGUGGAACAAUAAGAAGGAAGAUAAACUCCAAGAGGAUUCACCUAAUGAAUUGAUGAAUAUUAAACAAAAGAAAUUGAAUAUAAAUUGGAUAUUGUAUUUUUGUUGUUGUUCUAAACAGCCUGUACAUGUUUUGUAACAAAAAUACGAUAAAUAACAAAAGAAAAAAUGGUGUUUUGACAAAAUGGUUGUUGUGAAAUGUUUGAUUCAGCGUGAAAGUAGCCGAAAGUAAGACGAGAGAGAAUGAGUGAAUGUCAGGAGGUAGAGAGGAGGAGAUGAACAACACCUGUGGUUGGACUGCUGGUAGUAACAUAGCGCCCUUUUGCUCUCCGUCCAUUGUCGUUGAGUGUCUGUGUAGGUGUGGUCAAGUUUGUGUGCCACCUGAACUGGAUAUUAAGCUUCCCCAAUCUAUUCUCAUUCUCAACACAAAGAGCAUCUGUGAAACAGUGAACUGUUACUAAUAGUCUUCUAGGCACAUUUAUUUUUUCCAAUUCAAAACCUCCAACAAACCACUCAAAAACAUCCUUUUGUUUAACCGAGGUUUUCAUUUAACUUAUUUACUGUCACCUCCAAAAACUGGGUCCUAAAACCCAUCUCGUGUUAGACUGUUAAAGGUGAAGGUCAGAGUUUAUACAGACUACCUGCCAAUCAUUUCAACUGCCCUAAAGGCAAAAAACCAUCACUAGACCUGCAGUUUCCCCCCCACCCCCUGCAUCAGGAUCCUCAUCAGAGAACCCAGAGCCAUCAGAGAAACCUAUUGGUCCCUGUCUGUCAGGUCGAUUAAUGCGGCAGCCAAUCUGGCAUUGCGAGGAUGUGAGCGUGUAGCGAGCGCAGACAUACGGAGGGCUGACCUAUCAUUAUCUCUCUUCAUUUCCUGUCUGGCCUGCAAUCAUCCUGUCUCAGCUCAGGCUGCUGCAUGAUUAGUACAAUGCAGGAUCAACAGCCCUGGCACGCAGACAGCCAAAAUCUGCAGACCCCCUCAUCCUAAAUGAUAGCAGCUGCAUCACGGAGACUGCACUAUUUGCAAUCUCACAUAGGGGUGUUUAAAGGUAGUGGAUUAAGGGAUGGGGCUGUGUCAUGGGUGUGAUCUUCCACACAGUCUCUGUAUCAUUUGGGGUUGGAGCUAAUCAAUGCAAUAUGUGAAUAUUAUUAGUUAGGCGUGUAAUGAUAGCGUGAUGUUAGUGGCCAUGCAGCCUGUCUUCCCAUAUUACUUAUGUCAGUCUCUUUUAAAGUCCCUUCAGAAGCCAUGGGGGAUAUUAUGCAAAACAACAAUGUGUUCCCCGUUUUAUAUUGUUUCAUCUCAUUCCGUAUACAGAUGUUUUCACUACUGCUAGUACACUGCUAGUAAAGGGCUUACUAACCUGUAACAGUUGUAGUACACAAUCAAGUAGUUAUUUGACUGUUGUGUACUCAAACUACACGGGAAAUAAGUCUCACAUCCUAAACUGUUUUCAUCAGUAUCUGUGUGUGAUACAAUGGCUGAGAAUCAGAGGCGCAGGUUUCGUCAAAAUGAUUUGUUAUGAUGGGAAAUUGUCAAAAGUGCCUGUUAGAUGAACAAACAGUGUUCCUGAUUUCAUUCUGCGGAAUUAUUUUGUCUCUACCCAAAGUAAAACAAGAUUUUGAUUGGACAAAAGUGACAGCGUCUACUUAAGGAAAUGAGAGAAAAGGAGAAUUAAUGCAAUCAGAAGCUCACUUUCACCCAAAGUCUUCCAGGAAUAUACAAUAUUACUCCCUCUCCCUGCACUCAGCUCAAUCAUUCAAUCAGCUAAAACCCCACUGUUGCAAAGUCGCAUGUGGCACAAAAAUAAGACACAGUUGAUGAGCAUAAAAAUUGAGAAGGGGGGCAUAUGGAGGCUAAACACAAUCAGAUGGCAGACAUGCCCACUCAUGAAAAAUGGCAGUGCUUCGGAGCUUGCAUCAACUAUUGAUGAGGUGCACAUGGCGCGCUGGGGUCUGGAGUUGUGUUCACCAAAGUCAACCGGCCGUGAGUGAUGAGCUCAACUGGCACUGUUGCGCAUCUUAAAAUGAUUAAACUGCCACCACAUCAACUGCAAACAAUUAAUCUUUAAGUGGAUGUUUCACACAUUCAUGGAAGUGUGUAAUACUUAACAUUCACAGAGAGGAGAGAAACUCCCUCUCACUGCACGUUGCUGAAAUUAAGAUGGACUGUUGUGUUUUGUGUAUGUGUAUGUAUAUGUGUGUGUAUAUGUGUGUGUGUGUGUGUGUGCGUGUGUGUGUGUGUGUGUGUAUACUAAAAGGAUUGCCAAUUUAUACAGAAACACUUUGAUCAGCAAAGUUUAGGCUUUUUCAGAUGUGGUUAUCUCUUUGUGUGCCAAUAGGAUUCAAACUUUCCCAACAUUCCUUCCACCUUUCUUUCUCUAUGUUACAGAUGGUCAAACACACACAGACACACACGCACCCUCCACGGAAACCCCUUCCCUUACAGCUUUCUUUUCUUCAGUUGUCUGUUUUAAAUAAAUAUACCGUACUGUCUUUUCUUCUGUCUUCUAACAAGCUCACCCCACAUCUGUCUUUUGGUCACUUUUGAAAACCCCCUCUACAUACAUAGAAGUGCGAGAUGUUUCAGAGAGUACUGUACAUGUAUAGUGAAUUGCGAGGGGAGUAAAGCGCUGAAAAUUGUUAAUUCCUCUUUGGAAAAGCAUUAAGAUGUAUUUAAUGGUGCAGACAUACACAACAAAUUACUAAAAAAUGAUGAUGCAUUCUUGUAGAAAUAUUUUUAAAAGACCCUUUUGCAAUUAAAUUAUUUAAGAAAUGUGACCUGAUCUCCUGAGUCUUUAUGUUGUGUUUUGAACUGAUGAUUGUUUCAUUUAGACUUAAAGGGAUACUUUGCCAAUUUCGAACAGCUUAGGAUCAAAACAAGGUGGGUAGUAUGUGUAGAUAAACUGUGGUGAACUUCCCUCUAGCCAACCAGUACCUAGAUAUCUCUCUAUCCCUCCACCCGGACCCCACAUAAUCACACAUGUUCUACAGUCAGGUAGUUGCCCAAGACAAACGCAUUCACUUUCACUGCUUAUCAUUUAUGGCUGUCUCCUGCUCCUAUAAUCAUUAGCAGAACUUCUGCAGUUAUCACUAACAUUUCUUGUUGAUAAAGUGGCACCAAAGCCUCAGUUCAGAUCACUAUCUGCCUCAGAUAAACACACUACACUCCCAGAAUUCACCUCUGCAUAUCUCUAUAAAUGUUCUCAGUAUACCUGUAAGCAGGAGUUCAUUUUUCAUCCAAAGCUCCCUGAUUUGAUGUUUGUGUUUCAGACAGGUUUAGCCUGCAUUUUUCCGCUUGCCUUGGAAAAGCCCGAGGACAUUUAGAGUAACACUGUCUGUGAAAAUAUUUUUUUGUAAUGCUGUCUUUCAUCUUUAUAGCUACAGGCACCUGAUGAAUGGAUAUUGAUCCUUGGGAGAAGUUACCCAGAGUUCAUCUAUUUCUAAUGCUCCAUUAGUUGCUAAGCUCCUUGCCAUUAUUGAAGUUAAAGUCCGCUAUCCUUUGCCAAAUUUAGCUGUGAAACACUAGAGUUACAUUGCAGGAAUAACAAAAUGUGCCUGGCUAAUUCCAAUUUAUGUUAUAUAUUUCACAAAAGUAAUCGACAAAACAGGGUCAACUUUCUUUCAAGAGACGUCACAAUCAAAUCAAAAAGUUUGCAAUCCAUAGAGCUACGUCAAUACCAUGAAACACCAAAGCUCCCCCUAUUGUCUUUCAAGCCCACUAAUUUAUACGAGCUCCUCUCAUCUCUGCAGGCAGUGAGCCAACAGUCUUGUUUUCCAGCAAAAAAAAAAAAAAAGGAAAGAUGCUCAGAUCAUAGAUUCUACCUCAUCCGCCCCUCGCCUUGUCCCCUGGCUCCCCUCUUCUCCCUUUCCCUGUCCAAUUAAAUACAGAGCCUUGGAACGGGUGGUCUCGGUGUCUGGGUAGAGCAGAUAUUUUUGAAACGCUCCCCCCCUAGAUGCGCUCGCAGAAGUUUCAACAGAGGAUUAUGUGGGUUCUUUUUGUGUUGAAGCAGGCAGAAUAAAUUUCAUGUCAGAUCUCCAACUUCUACAACUUCUUGUUCUCCACUGUUGUUGUCACAAGAUGGACCAGCAGCAUUUCACGGACAAAUAUUCUGAAGUUUCUUUGCAGAACUUCGGCAGAGGAAACUUAAAAGCACCAUGUAAAGAAACACAAAUUAAUUGUAUUCACCCUGAGGCAGACUGGGGACCAUAUCAUCAGUUUUGAGUUGUUGUGACUAGCCCAGAUAGUGGGUGCUCUUUAAGUGCUGGAUACAUAGUAUAAUCUGUCAGUCUGAGGUAAAUAUGGACCAGUGCCAAGAUGAACUGCACUGUAAACUUUACUACAGCUAUUGACAUGGUGUCGCAUUGCUCCAAGCUGGAGAAUAUUGAUUGUAUGCAGGCUUGUUUCAUCAAAUACCGCCAUAUCAGGCGAGGGGGAAUUAUUGAGACGUCAAUUAAGAUCAAUUUCUCAUCCGCGCUCGGUCAGUGAGGCAGCAUUAGCAUAAAUAUCAGAAUGCAUUAGCAUGUCUUAGCCACAUGUCGGUCAGGACGAGGAUCAAUGCAAAACAUGAUCACACAGCAACAGAAAAAAAAAAAGAAAUCCGCUCCCUUAAACCCUCCUUACCCACUCCUUCCUCUCAUUUCCAAAGCCAAACUCCGUCUCCCUUUAUUCUCUCUUAUUCCCUGCAGACAAUCCCUCACUCUCCCCCUCUUACGAGCUCCCCACUAACACCCCCACACCCGUUCCCUGUCUACUUUUUCAUCCUCUCCCAUCUCUUCUGCCAUAAUCCCUCUCUUUCACUUUAGCUUGGCACAGCUAAUUGGUCACGUCUGUACUGUGACAUGGGGACCUGACAUAAUUGCUGGACAAAUAGUGAGGCAUUUAGCUUCGGACCUGUCUCAGCUAAGCUGUACACAGACACCAGCCGACUGGAAAGCCUAAUUACCACUCCAGCCCCGCAACUUGCUAAUUGGCAAAUGCUUCCAACAAAGAACUGUGUAUGUGUGUGAGUGUGUGUGUUUGUGUGUGUGUGUCUGCACCUUUGUUUCCCUCCCUUAGUUAAGGGUCCUGUGAAACAAACAACAAAAUAAGCAAUAUGCGUGAUAUGAGUCAUGAGAGAUUUGCCUA